UCGGGCAGAGGUACCAUAGUUGUUAGCGAAAGCUUCAUUACUUGCUUUAGCCAACUUUUUACGUCCUACGUCCAUUCCUACUUCUUUUUUUCAAGAAUUUUGAAAGUCUACUUUACAUUACAAAAUGCGUGAAUGUAUCUCAGUUCAUGUUGGGCAAGCUGGUGUCCAAAUUGGUAAUGCCUGUUGGGAAUUGUAUUGCUUGGAACAUGGCAUCCAGCCUGAUGGCCAAAUGCCAUCUGACAAAACCAUUGGUGGAGGUGAUGACAGUUUUAACACCUUCUUUAGUGAGACUGGUGCUGGAAAACAUGUACCUAGGGCAGUCUUCAUUGACUUGGAACCCACUGUAGUUGAUGAGGUACGUACUGGUACUUACCGUCAAUUGUUCCAUCCAGAACAAUUGAUUACUGGUAAAGAAGAUGCAGCUAAUAAUUAUGCUCGUGGUCAUUACACAAUUGGAAAAGAAAUUGUAGACCUUGUACUGGAUAGAAUUCGCAAAUUAGCUGAUCAAUGUACUGGCCUUCAAGGUUUCCUCAUCUUCCAUUCCUUUGGAGGUGGUACUGGUUCUGGAUUUACUUCCCUUUUAAUGGAACGUCUUUCUGUAGACUAUGGCAAAAAAUCGAAGCUGGAAUUUGCCAUUUAUCCUGCUCCACAAGUUUCCACAGCAGUUGUUGAACCAUAUAACUCAAUUCUCACUACGCACACCACUCUUGAACAUUCCGACUGUGCAUUUAUGGUUGACAAUGAAGCCAUCUAUGAUAUUUGUCGCCGUAACUUAGACAUAGAAAGACCUACUUAUACUAACUUAAAUCGACUGAUUGGCCAAAUUGUGUCCUCCAUUACAGCUUCUUUGCGAUUUGACGGUGCACUGAACGUUGACUUAACCGAGUUCCAGACGAACUUAGUACCUUAUCCCAGAAUUCAUUUCCCCUUGGUAACAUAUGCACCUGUCAUUUCUGCAGAGAAGGCAUAUCAUGAACAACUCUCUGUAUCAGAGAUUACAAAUGCGUGUUUCGAGCCAGCCAACCAAAUGGUGAAGUGCGAUCCUCGUCAUGGAAAAUAUAUGGCCUGCUGCAUGUUGUACAGAGGCGAUGUUGUACCCAAAGAUGUAAAUGCUGCGAUUGCUACAAUUAAAACGAAACGUACUAUUCAAUUUGUUGAUUGGUGUCCAACUGGAUUUAAAGUUGGUAUUAACUACCAGCCGCCAACUGUAGUACCUGGUGGUGAUCUCGCCAAAGUGCAGCGUGCUGUUUGUAUGCUGUCAAAUACAACCGCAAUUGCUGAAGCCUGGGCUCGUCUUGAUCAUAAAUUCGACUUAAUGUAUGCUAAACGAGCAUUUGUCCAUUGGUAUGUCGGUGAAGGUAUGGAAGAAGGUGAAUUUUCUGAAGCUCGUGAGGAUCUUGCAGCUCUUGAAAAAGAUUAUGAAGAAGUUGGCAUGGAUUCCGCCGAAGGUGAAGGAGAAGGUGCCGAAGAGUACUAAAUAGCUUGAUUAUUAUGACUGUUUUGAUAUCUUUUUUUUUUUGUAAUAAAGGAAUAGAUUAUCAUCAGCAA